AUGCUAAUUGGACACACCGCGUUGGCAAUUCUUUACGAGUUUGAUAGUGCCAAAGAAAUUGUAGAUUGGGAGUUGGGACCGCAGGCAACCGCAGAAGUGAAAGACGGUAUGCUUGAACUUACCGUUGCCGGUGGGCAGAAUUCAGGCAUCUACUUUGGAGAAGACAACUGGACGGAUUACCGAAUGGAAGUCAAGGCACGGAAGAUUGCUGGACCUUAUUUCCAUCUGUUCGUUCGGACGCAGGAGCCAGCGGUGGAUUUCUAUUUUAUGGAAAUCAGUUAUAACUCACAUACCACCUCGCUUUUCAUGUUUCAAGGCGGUGCUGGGAAUGAGAUUACCGGCGGUCCGCGCCCGAAACGUCCCGAUUCCAAAGACACCAAAGGUGGCGAUGCAUAUACCAUCGUCUUUGAAGUGGAAGGAGAAACUCUCAGGACUUACAUUGAUGGAAAACUGAUGGUUGAAAACCAGGAUAAAACCUACGAUAAAGGGCGUCCCGGUUUAGGCGGCAGGGAUUCAACCGUUGCGUAUGAAUAUGUUGAAAUUAAUGAGGCUUUUGAACCCAAAGACAUUAAAGGGUUAGCGGAUUGGGUCAAAGCGCACACGGAGGGUGGUGGGAAUACUUUGAUUCUGACAGGGAUCACCCCUUCAACAAUUUAUCCGAUUGGUAAUGCGAAACCCGAUGGCUCACUUCUUGAAGAGUUUCUUGAUGCCGGCAAUACGAUUUUCAAUACCGGUGAAUACACCUUUUAUACGUCGGAAGGACCCGAUGAAACGAACGGACAAAGUGCAUUACCCAAUAUCAUCGACGUUCCAGAAGCUUUCGUGUGGAUGGGUAAAGGUCCAGACGCUUGGCAAGCCAAUGCAGUUGAAAUGACCCCGACACAGGAUGGCAAAGACCAUGUGCCGAGUCUGAAAAAGUAUAACACCUCUUAUCCGUUCCAUCUUGAGGAUUACGAAAAAAGCCCCUGGGAGUUAGAGAUCGCGCUUGCUGAGAAUGAUGAUCAAGAUCCGCGGGUUGAACCGGCUGUGCUAUACAACGAAGACACCGGCGGCCGCCUCGGCAUCUUCGUCCAGACCUAUGUGGUGAUGUCCCACAUCCGGGUGUUUCGUGGGGCGAGAUUAUGGGUGAAUUCAUCGUUAACUACUAUCUACCAGAGGUUUUAUCGGUUGAACCGACCGAUAAAUAACAACGACUUGGGGAAAACUGAAGUCCCCAGAAUAGCAGUCAGCUAUCAGCAGUCAGCAGUCAGAGAAGAAGCAGUCAACGGUUAUCAGAAAUCCUCUUAG